AUGGCUGGUAUCAGACCUCGUCUGUUCCAGUUCCAGGUGUUGACGGGCCGUUCCUGUGGCCUGGUCCCUGUGCUUCCUGGACUCCUGGGCCCUGAGGAGGUGGGCUUCAGCCUGGUGCUCAUGGACCACCGCCCCGGGCUCUUCCUCUCAGACCUGCAGGCUCUGGAGGGGGCUGGGCUGCUGCGUCCCGGAGGCUGCUCUGUGCUGUUCACCUGCAGAGACAGAGCCACAGUCACAGAGAUCCAAGAGUACGCCCAGAGCAGAGGACUCUACGGCAUCCACAGACACAGCUGCUUCAUCGAGCUGAGCUACAGGAGCCGAGGGGGGGCAGUUAAUGUGGGGGUCCCUAACCUGAGAGCUACAGGAGCAGAGGGGGGCAGUUAA